CUAGCGAUGAUUGCAUUGUCUCAAGGAGUUGCUACGGCCGUGACUGGGCCUUUGUGGGGGAACUUCGUUGAUAGCGGAGCCUCACGGAAGUGGCUGCUGCAGGUUGGUGCUGGUUUGUGGGGAAUUUGCACCUUUCUGCUGGCUUUGACCUCCCACUUCACUUUGAUGAUUGCCUUGAGGGUACUCAAUGGGGCAGCCUUAGCUAUGAUCGUGCCGGUGGUCCAGUCGAUGGUCGCCGAUUUGACGACCUCUACCAACUGUGGAGCCACCUUUGGAAAGGUGUCUUGCUCCAGCAGCUUGGGGCAAGUGCUGGCAUGUUUGAUGGUCACUCCCAUCUCCGAAACCUCCGUGUGGGGCAUGCGGGGCUGGCGCGUCAGCCUCGCCUGCUUGGGAAUCAUAAGCCUCCUGACGAUCCCAUUUGUGCGCUGGGCGGUUCAUGAAGAGCCACGGGUUUGGCAUCCGAGGAGAUUUGGGAUCUUCCGUGAGAUGCGAACCAUGUGUCUGGGCGGUGAAACAGCAGACAGCUUGGAUGUGCAUCGCAGUUAG